AUGCAAUCUGAUUCUUCUAUAUUUGAAGAAACAAUAUCUGAAAUAAAUAUUCUACAUUUAUCACAUUCGAAUAUUUUUAUGCUUAAUCUUUCAUCAGUAUCCGGAUUCGAAAAUGAUUCAAUAGCAAUUUCCUAUGAUUUUUAUCAACAUGUAACUGAAAUAAUUGUAUACAAAUACAUAUGCUUAACAAUAUUUAUAAUUGGUGUCAUCGGAAAUUUACUAAGUGUAUUAGUAUUUAGUCGAGCAUCGUUGCGGCAUCGUUCGUGUGCUAUAUAUUUUUUAGCAUUAGCUAUAACUGACAUCGCAUCAUUAUUUGCUUCGUUUAUCGAUACAGUUCUUCCAUCCUAUAAUAAUGUUUCUUUAACAAUGAAAUCCUUGUUCAUAUGCAAACUAAAUCCGUUAAUGGUUUAUUUUACAACAGAUCUUUCCAAUUUUCUAUUAGCUGUCGCAUCAAUUGACCGAGCUGUAUCAAUUCAGUGUCCCUUAAAAUCGAAACAAUUUUGUCGAGCACGUAUUGCUAUUUAUAUAAUUAUUAUUAUGGCAUUAACAGUUCUUUUUAUUAAUGGUCAUAUUUUUUGGGGCUUCGAGUUGAUUGAUGAACAAUCUCAACGAUUUUGUUCACCAUCAAAAACGAAAAUUAUUUAUUAUAAUGAACCUAAUUCCAUAACUUACGAUCGUUUUUAUGCAAUAUUUGAUUCAUUAGAUAUGCUAUUUGCUGUUGUUUUUCCAUUUGUUGUUAUGUUAAUAUGCAAUUUAAUUAUUUUGAUACGUGUUAUAACAUCACGACGUUCAAUAAGUACUAUAUUAACAACGACAGUACAAUCAAAAAAAACACGUAAAAGACAUGAAAAAGAAAGACAAUUAACAGUUAUGUUACUUGGAAGUGCAGCUGCUUUUUUAGUAUUUACACUACCAACAGAAAUCAAUGAUACAGUUCGUGCUUUCCGCCCAUCAAAUUUGUCUCAACCAAAAGGUGCCAUGGCAUUGAUGACAGCUGUAUUUAUUGCUAUGGAACAAUUAAAUCAUGCUAUUCAUUUUUAUAUUUAUACAUUAACGGGUCGAGUUUUUCGAAAUGAAUUAAUACAAUUAUUUACUUUAUCUAAACAUAGUUUAUUAAGACACCAAAAAUCAUCAACAAUCAGACAAAUCAAUCAUGACCACUCACUUCAAAGUUUUUCCAGACAAAAAAAUAGUCAUAAUGAUAAUAAAUAA